UGCUGGACACUCAGUCGCCAUUCAGCUCCUGUACAGAAUGUGUUUCCACGACAAAGUUGUUUUAAUUACCGGUGCUAGCUCCGGCAUAGGCGCCGCUUGCAGUUUAAAAUUCGCGAAGUCAUCUGCUUUACUCUCAUUAAUCGGACGGAAUGAGGAAAACUUAACCAACACCGCUAAUAAAUGUGAAGAACUGAGUGGUCUGAAGCCGUUAAUAAUUGUAGCCGACAUAACUAUGGAUGAAGAUGUACAAAGAAUCGUUAGUGAAACCAUAAACAGGUACGGACAGAUCGACGUUUUGAUUAAUAACGCCGGAGUUUCAUCAAUAGAGGGAAUACAAAAGGAAAUGGAUGCCUACGAUCACAUAAUGGCAACCAAUGCGCGCGGUACGUACCAUCUCACGAACGAAGUUAUUCCCUACCUAAUAAAAACAAAAGGGAAUAUUAUAAAUAUCUCGAGCAUUCUCUCGAUGAAGCCGCUACCCAUAAUGACGGCUUAUUGCAUGUCGAAAGCGGCAAUUGAUAUGGCAACAAAAUGUCUGGCUCUAAAACUGGGGUCAACAGGAGUCAGAGUGAACGCUGUCAAUCCGGGCCCUGUAAAAACCGAUAUGUUCAAAAGAAGUGGAUUAACGGAAGAAGGCAUCACUCAAAUGCUUGCAGCUGUCGAAAUGAACGCUCCGUUGAAAAAAAUAACCCAAGUUGAAAAUGUUGCUGAGUUGGUGAAAUUUCUUGCAAGUGAUAAAGCGAAUUGUGUGACUGGGUGUUGUUACGUUAUUGACUGCGGAAUAUCACUGGGCGACGACGGUAAAUAUUGAACAUAUAAAAUUUAAUCAAGAUUCACGCAAACAAAGCGUAAACAUGUUUCAAUUUAAAUAUUUUUGCCUCUCACUUCUGAGACUGAAAUAUGUUCAUAACUCCGAUAACGUUGUUGAAGACAGCUAAUUUCUCAGUGACUUUCCGCCGAACAAAGGCGUGGAAAGAUUAAAAUAUGUUAAGCGGUGUAUUAGGGCUGGCAACAAACAAAGGCCGCCAGACCGAAGUGCUGAUAAACACUGUAAGACGUUCCCCCGGAGUUUCGACAGAGACUCGUUUAGAUUGCACCACGAAUUGGAGUAUUUUCCCUUAAAUAUCCGUUCUUUUCUGGCUCGUAAUUGAGGUAAUACAUUCAGUUAUCUGAAGCUCGUAAUCCUUCCCCAGGUGGGAGGGUGUUAUCUCGCGUUAAUUUCAUCCCCGUAAUCGUCACGCAAAUUGAUUGUGCUUACACAGCAACACUGAAAACAAAGUGAACAUUUAAUUAGUAACAAACGCAAAAGCGACGAAUAAAUUUCAACGUACUUUUAAGCCUAUUGUAAAAUAGGCGCCUUGGCGCAGCGGACGGAAAGUCGGCUUUGAAACGUGAGAGCGGAGUUUGAAUCCUGGACUAGGAUAAUUAGGAGCGUGAUUUGUGCCGGGAUAUUACAAACUAUGUAUAAAUAUAAAGUGUUGGUAAGAAGCAUUCUAAUAUUCCAAACUAUUAGAUGUAAAAACACAACCAAUAUAAUAUAUGAUCCAGAUCCAGCUUCUAAGUAACGUAUCUAAGUUCUAACGUUUAUAAACAAUAAGAUAUUGAUAACCUACAAGUUAUGUCUAUGGAACAACUCUGUAAAGUUAUUAAUUUCCAAUAUUUGUAUAGGAACUUGGCAAAUUUUAAUUUAAUAAUCGAAAUACUGCAGCGACAUAUUAUAAGACUUAAAUUGAAGGUCGGACGUAUAAUAUGCGCGACGUGACUGACUAUGUGAAAUAAUAUACAGUGUAUAGUGUGCGUUUAUUUCUAAAAAAUAUAAAAUACGUAUUGAAUAAAGCCUUCCUCUUCACCAUUUAAAAGAAAAUUAAAACUAAAACGCACGUGACAACAAUAAUUUCAGUAAUUUAGAUAAUUCUAUAAAUGGAUGGUGUGCACAGGUAGCAGGCACCGCAGCCAACGCGGCGCUCGUUACCAUGAGCUAUCGCAAUGUCGGCAUUAUCCGCAAUUAAUAUAAUUCCCUAAUUUAUAAACGUUAAGCGUCGAACGCCCGCCGCCCCCUUGUUAUUGGGCCAAACCACGGCUUUCAAUUAUGUACCACCGCUAAACCAUGCCACAGCACAGUCUAAUGAGCAGCACCAUCGAUAUACUUCGGCUUUUUAUACACCACUCUAAGUUUAGUGAAGUUCAAAUUUGUUGAUUGUCGUUAGCGUCUGGUCGGUAAAACGGUUUAGACCUUAUAAUAUAUUUGUCUAGUUAAUAGUUAUUAAGUACUAUGCUAAAAUAGGUAUUAAGUUCUAAUAAAAGUAAGAAAUUCGACUCGAAUCGUAAACAUGGGUUGAUUAUGCUUUAAAUUUAUAGUAACUUAUACUUCUAAUGGCUUUUAGAAAAGUUUUUGUGAAGCGUAUUAUAAGAUAGACCUAUUUUAUUCUCUAGUUGUUACUUUGUUUUCCUCCAAACCUCGUAACUUAUCAAUGAGUAUCGUAAACUCGUAAUUAUCUCUGUUCGGGUGGAUUUAUUAACACGCUUUUUUACGUUUAUUGUUACUUACAGUUUAUGUCUCCACUAAUCUAUAAUUAUGUUAACAUUUAACCGUUAAUCGGAGAAAUGAGAGAAUAAAAGGAUAAGAACACAA